CUGCAGCCUCUGAUCUGCUGUCAUCUUGUCUCCUGCGGUUGUUUGGGGUGUUUUCCUCCGGUCGCUCCACCCGCUGCUCCACCCGCCGCUCCUCUCCCCGGGAGGACGCCGUGCGCCCCGCGCCCCGCUCUGCCGACCGCGCGCCUCUGCCUGGACCUCCACCAUGGGCCGGCUGGACGAGCUGCGGCGCUUCAGGCUGCUGCAGUGGCUCCGGGAGGAGCGCCAGUCGCGGAGACUCAUCCUGUUCAUCGUGUUCGUGGCGCUGCUGCUGGACAACAUGCUGCUCACGGUGGUCGUUCCCAUCAUCCCCAGCUACCUGUACAACCUGGACGAGUCGGCGGACGUGGCGCUGAAGAACGACUCUCAGUCCGGGCAGAGCGCUCCGGGCUCCUUCCACAGCAUCGUGUCCCUUUAUGACAACUCCGUCAGGUUGUCCGGCGCCAACAGCACCGUCCGGUCCGUCGAGCGCGUCCCCCCCACCGCCGCGGCGCCGGCCGGGCUGCAGAACUCCUCCGACUGCCCCCACUCCAGCAGUACGCUGGUCAACGAGAACGUCAAGGUGGGAAUGCUGUUUGCCUCCAAGGCCACGGUGCAGCUGCUCACCAACCCCUUCAUCGGCCCGCUCACCAACAGGAUAGGAUACCAGAUGCCCAUAUUCGUUGGCUUCUGCAUCAUGUUCCUGUCGACCAUCAUGUUCGCCUUCUCUUCGAGCUACGCUCUGCUGUUUGUGGCCCGAUCGCUCCAAGGCGUGGGCUCGUCCUGCUCGUCUGUGGCCGGGAUGGGGAUGCUGGCCAGUGUGUACACAGACGACGAGGAGAGAGGCCACGCCAUCGGCAUCGCCCUGGGAGGUCUGGCCAUGGGCGUCUUAGUGGGGCCUCCGUUCGGCAGUGUGAUGUACGAGUUUGUGGGGAAAACCGCUCCGUUCCUCAUCCUGGCCUUCCUCGCCCUGUUCGAUGGAGCUCUGCAGCUCGUUGUUCUUCAACCCACCAAAGUGGAACCAGAGAGUCAGAAGGGAACCCCGCUGUUCACACUCAUGAAGGAUCCCUACAUUCUGAUCGCAGCUGGUGCCAUCUGCUUCGGUAACAUGGCCAUCGCCAUGAUGGAGCCCACGCUGCCCAUCUGGAUGAUGGAGACCAUGUGUGCCAGGAAAUGGCAGCUAGGCGUGGCGUUCUUACCAGCAUCCGUCUCCUACCUUAUUGGAACCUACAUCUUCGGCUCGCUGGCUCACAGGAUGGGGAGGUGGCUCUGUGCUCUCGUUGGAAUGGUGGUGGUUGGAAUCAGUGUCAUAUGUGUCCCCUUUGCCUCCAACAUUUACGGGCUGAUCCUUCCAAACUUCGGCGUUGGCUUUGCCAUCGGGAUGGUGGACUCCUCCAUGAUGCCGAUCAUGGGCUACCUGGUGGACCUGAGGCACGUGUCGGUGUACGGGAGUGUUUAUGCCAUUGCUGACGUGGCGUUCUGCAUGGGAUUCGCUCUAGGUCCGUCCAUCGGAGGAUCCAUUGCGGAGAGCAUCGGCUUCCCCUGGCUCAUGACCAUCAUUGGGAUCGUGGAUGUCUUAUUUUCUCCUCUCUGCAUCUUCCUCAGAAAUCCACCAGGACAAGAAGAGAAAAUUGCUCUAGCCAGAGGGGAACAGCAGAGUUUACCUGACUGAACAUCAGUGAAGUGCAUGCACAUCUUCACCAGCAUGACGGAGUGUCUUCAUCCUGCAGCUCCUCCUCCUCCUCCUCCUCCUCCUCCUCUGUCUCUACAUGUACAUGCUGCUCUUCAUCGUGUUUGUUUUGUCCGUUUGCUUCCGUCCGUCGCCUCUGCUUCGCCCACCGUCGGCAUGUGCAUGGUUCUCACCCGUGACUCUCGGAAGAGACUGAAUC